GACUCCCUAGAUGUUAUGGUCAACUCCGUCACUAACUCAACUCUCAAGCAAUAUAAUUGCAGUCUCAAGCACUGGUGGGACUAUGUAUACAAAAAUAAUCUGGACAUUCAUGACACAAAUUCUUUAAAAAUUAUUGCAUUUUUGACAUUUAAACUCCGCAUGAGAGCUAGUUAUAGUACUCUGAACACGGCGCGAUCGGCAAUUUAUCUGAUUUCGAUUUCUGAUAGUAAUAGGGAUGGUUUAAUUUCACGUUUUAUGAAAGGUGUCUUCAAACAAAAACCGACCCCGCCAAGAUACACUACAACUUGGGAUGUCACACCGGUCCUGGAGUAUUUGAAUAAAUUAUAUCCUCUGAAGGACCUAAAACUGAAAGAUGCCGCUGAAAAGGUGAUAACAUUGCUUGCUCUAACAACAGCGCAGAGAUUUCAAACCCUAAGUGUCAUAAAUAUUGACAAUAUUUCAAUUUCUGAUACUAGCAUAAGUAUUAAAAUUACAGACCCUCUCAAAACGUCAUGUCCAAGAUCUUUUCAGCCUGACUUGAUCCUACCUUUCUUCAGGGAGAAACCGGGACUGUGUGUGGCAUCUGCUAUUUUAGAUUAUAUCAAUAUUACAAAAGAAUUACGAGAUCCAGAAAUGAAAAAGUUAUUUAUGACAACUAAAAAGCCAUUCACAGAACACCAAACACGCUGCAGUGUCUGCUGCUCAUCAAAGAGGCGUUGACAUAACUGUCAUUAGGCGUACGGCUGGAUGGUCC